UGUGAAUCCAUCGCUGGCUGUCGGCUUCAUCCUCCGACUGUUUAACCGCUCUUUAAUAUCGCGAGACGUUGAUUUUCAGACGCUGCUUUAGAAGCUAAGUUAGCGUGCUAACGGCUAGCCAGCUGUUAGCUGUGUAGCAGUUGCAGUGAUCGAGCUGAUGGAGCAGAAGUUGUUUUAACGAUGUUUCGCCUCAUUUAACGCGCAGAAAAACACCAACACGUCCGGUUUGAUGUUGUCGCUGAUUUAUUAACGUGUGUCUCGAGGCGUCGCAGCUUGUUUAAGAGUUUUAUUCUUGUGUUGUCUCAAAGUUUGAUGCACCUGUUGCGAGUUGAACCUGCUGCUGGGACAGAUUUACUGUUUAAGAUAUCAGAUUAUUAUCAACAUCGAGGCGAGCAGAUAUAUUUAUUGAUUAGUUUCCACUCAAAGUUUCACCCCCUCCCCUCUCGAGCUGUUUGAGUUUCACUUCCUGGUUUCUCAGAUUGAUCCAGAGCGACAGAGGAAGCGUGAGGGACGACGAUGUUUGAAAAUGUCCCAACAGUGUCCGCAGUGGAGCGCCAGCAGGUACUGGGAGCUCUGGAGCGUCUGCAGGCCAAACUGGUGCAGAGGGAGGAGUGGACACACAGUGAAACCAUGGGCAACCUGAGGGAGACCCUGCAGAGUCCGCUCUUCAGCCACAUCCUGACCCUGCAGCACUCCAUCAAGCAGCUGCGAAACCAGCUGAGCAGUAUGCCUCCUGAUGCCUGCAGUGAGUUCAGUUUCUCCAGAAAGGGUCAGCUGAUCAUGAGCGCCGUUAAUCCAGCCAGCAGCUCGGCUCCGCCCACCCUGUCCGCCUCCUCCUCCCUCCUUACCAAUGGCUCAUCUCAUCCCGUCCAUCAGACUCCACCCUCGCCUGACCUCCUCCUGCAGAAAUGGAUCCUCGCCGCUGCCAAGGGCCGUCAGACGGAGCUGUGCCAGCUGACUCGGCCUCUGUCUGGAGGUCUGGGCUUCAGUGUGGUCGGUCUGAAUCCAGCAGGAAGCAGCAGUCAGGGCGUCUUCGUCAAGCACAUCCAGCCUGGAGGCAUCGCACACAGGGACGGGCGUCUCCAGGAGAGGGACCAGAUCCUGGUGAUAAAUGGCUGCCCUCUGGAGCCGGGGAUCAGUCAGCAGCAGGCCCUGACCCUCCUGCAGCAGCCUGGAGAGACGGUGGAGCUGGUGGUGGCCAGGGACCGCCCACUCAGUGCAUCACCAUCAUCAUCAUCACAACCUGCCACCAGCGCCUUCAGCACGGAUCAGUGGGGUCACGUGGAGGAGAUCGAGCUGGUGAACGACGGAUCUGGUUUGGGCUUCGGCAUCGUGGGAGGGAGGACGUCCGGCGUGGUGGUCAGGACGCUCCUCCCAAACAGUGUGGCUGACAAGGACGGGCGUCUUCACACAGGCGACCACAUCCUUCGCAUCGGGGCGACGCCCACCAGUGGCCUCACCAGCGACCAGGUUGUCAAGGUGCUGCAGGGAUGUGGGAGUCAGGUGACCUUGCUGAUCGCCAGGGAUCCCCGGGGUCAGAGGUCAACAGCCCCGCCUCCCCCACCACCUCCUGACUCGGCCCCCAUCUCCUCCUUACCCCCCCGCCCCCCUCAGCGCCGGCUCAGCAAGACGCCCAACCUUGAGGGAUACGAGAUCCAUGAGGUUCCUCUAACCAAGAAGGACGGCCAGAGCCUCGGCAUCUCCAUCAUCGGCUACAACCCGCUGACCAGCCAAGAUGCAGUAGGUGUGUUUGUGAAACACGUGGUUCCAGGCAGCGCUGCAGAUCAAAGCGGAAACAUCCGAAUACACGACAGACUGAUCGCUUUGGACGGCAUCAGUCUCCACGGUCUGACCAAUCACGAAGUUCUGGAGGUGAUGAAGCAGACAGAUCAGACUGUCGUCCUCACUGUGGUCAGGAAGAAACCGAGAGCCCUUGAGAGAUCCUUGGAUAAAGUGGAGAGGGAGUCGUCUCGUGUGUCACUAAGGAGGUCGUUGGAGGUCAAAGCUCGCUCGUCUGGGCUUGGCUUUAUGGCGCCAAAGCUCGAACCAGCGUAUUCAAACGCAGUACAGCUAACAAGGGCUACAGAUGCAGAAUUGUGGGCUAAAUGGGAGCAGGCUCUGGGACCAAAGUACCAAGUUCUGGUGGUGAAGUUAGAUCCUGUCAUUGAAGACGAUGCAGAGCUGCAGAAAUCCUCCAAGCUGCUGCCUGUCCACACUCUGCGCCUUGGUGUGGAGCUGGACUCAUUUGAUGGACACCACUACAUCUCCUCUGUGGUCCCUGGAGGCCCCGUGGACAAACAUGGAGUCUUGAGACCAGAGGACGAGCUCCUGGAGGUGAAUGAUGUUCAGCUGUAUGGUAAGUCUCGUCGGGAGGUCGUGUCGUUCCUCAAAGAGGUGCCUCCUCCAUUCACUCUGGUCUGCUGCCGACACCCAACCUCUGACAUGGAACCAGAAUCUGAAUCUGAAUCUGAACCAGCACUACGAUCUGAACCAGCACUACGAUCUGAACCAGUACUCCGACCAGGACCUGGACCACUAAGACAAUCACAACCCAGUGUGGAGGAGAUUGAGCUGAAGCUGUCGUCGAUGUUGUGCAGUCAGACAGAACUGAGAGAGAGUGUUACUGAACAGCAGCAGGCAGUCAGACAGGAGCAGCAGGUAUCUCCUGUAGAGGAGGUGCUGACGGAGCAGACAACUUCACACAGCCAGGUGGAGGAGGAGGAGGAAGAGGAGGAGGAGGAGCAGGAUGAAGAUGAAGGGGAGCUGGCUCAGUGGUCUCCAGAUGUUCAGGUGUUGGAGCUUCAGAAGGAGAGAGACAAAGGCCUUGGAUUCAGCAUCCUCGAUUACCAGGACCCUCUGGAUCCCGGUCGCUGCGUGAUGGUGAUCCGUUCUCUGGUUCCCGGCGGUUCAGCAGAGCGUCACGGUGGUUUGCUUCCCGGAGACCAGCUGGUGUCAGUCAACCAGACCCAGUUGGACCUGCUCACGCUGGGCCAGGCCGUGGAGGUCCUGAAGUCUGCCCCACCCGGCACAGUCCACCUGGGCAUCCGCAAGCCUCUGGUGGUGGUGGAGGGAGUCGAGAGGAGCAGCCAGGUGUGUCUCAACAACACAGAGCUACCUGUAGCAAAGGGUUUCUGUGACAGCUCCGUCCUGCCUGAACACUUCCGUCAAGAAGAGGAGGAGGAAGAGGAGGAGCCAGAGCUGAUCCUGGAUGGAGGUCUACCUCGAUAUACCUCCUCCUCUCUGACCUCUGACCUCCUGCCUGUGGAGGAGGGCAGGGAGAUGGCCGUGGACGAGGAGCUGGAGGUGGAGGAAGAGAAGGCAGAGGAGGAGGAGGAGGAGGAGGAGGAGGUGAAGAUGCCAGAGAAAGUGGAGGAGGGUGUGGGCUCCCUCCCCAGGAGACCUCCCCCGUCGUGGGAGGAGUGGAAGCUCAGCUCCAUGGGCCGGACCAGAGGAGCAGAGGAGACUCAGAGCAGAGAGAAGCAGGAGGAGCUCAGAGGGAGAGAAGAGAAGGAGGAGGACGACGACCUGCAGAGAUCAGACCGUGAAAGUAUCGUGUCUUUAGGAAACCUGAUUCUGGGUAUUCCAGACUCCAGAGACAGUGAAGCUGACUCCGAGCUCACUCUGACAGACACCGACACAGAGUCUGUCAGGAUGAUUGACACAGCGAGACGUAAGAGGCGGAGCCAGGGAGGAGCAUGUCUACCAAUCAGAGGAGGCCACAGUGAUCUUCCUGAAAGAGAGGACGGGGAGGGAGAGGAAACUCCUGCCUUCAGUCACUGGGGACCCCCCCGCAGGGUGGAGGUGUGGCCUGAGGAGGGCCAGUCAUUGGGUCUGAGCAUCGUGGGAGGUCAUCACGUCAUCAAGCGUCUGAGGAACGGAGAGGAACUGAAGGGAAUCUUCAUCAAACAGGUUCUACAGAACAGUCCUGCCGCCAAAACACAGUGUCUGAAGACUGGAGACAAGAUCCUGGAGGUGUCAGGUGUUGACCUACGAGCAGCCAGUCACGAAGAGGCCGUCAAUGCCAUCAAAUCAGCUCCGAGCCCCGUCGUCUUCAUCGUCCAGAGCCUGUCAGCUACUCCACGGCCUGUGUCUCUAACAGCUCCCAGCUACAAUAAACACAACGCAGCGAGGACUGAGUCUCCGAAACCAGCUGCAGCCCCGCCCCCUAUGAGGCAGCCCCCGCCCUACAGACCUCCCAACCAAUCAGAGCAGGAGCUGAACUCGGACCUGGAGCAGGCCAAAGAGCGGUGGUGUGAGCGUUAUGGAGACCUGCGGGGGGAGCUGCUGUGCGUGGAGCUGGAGAAGGAGCGGCAGGGUUUGGGUCUCAGCCUGGCGGGAAACAGGGAUCGUUCCCGCCUCAGCAUCUUUGUGGUGGGACUCCAUCCAGGCGGGGCAGCUGCUCGAGACGGACGCAUCCAGGUUGGAGAUGAGCUGUUGGAGAUUAAUAACCAGAUCCUUUAUGGGCGGAGUCACCAGAACGCCUCAGCCAUCAUUAAGAGCGCCGCCUCCAAGGUGAAACUCAUCCUGCUCAGAAAUGAGGAUGCUAUAAACCAGUUGGCCGUCCCCCCCUUCUCGUCUCCCCCUCCUCCCCCUGUCCUCAGCCCUGUCAGCCCCGAGUCUGUCUGUCCAGCUUCUCUCAGUGUCUCUGCUCCCACAGAUGGACCCCGCCCCCCCAACAACCUGACACUUCACCCGUCAUCAGAUGCACCGGACGAGACAAGCGAUGAAGCUGAGCAGAACAACAGGAACAGAAGCAGCAACAGUAACAGCGCCACCAAGAGUCUGAGGGAGAGCGACGCCUCCAAGAAGAGGCUGAAGGUUGCAGAGUCUCCAGAAAAUGAGCUUCAGGCUCCGAAGGCGUCUCUGGAGCAGCAGUCCUGCAUGUCCUCCAGCAGCUCCAGUAAACAGACGGCAGCAUCUCCUCCUCUGAUCAGCCCCGACCUACAGACCGCCAACAGAGACCCAUCAUGCUGUGCGGUGGUUCCUGGUCAGGAGAUGCUGCUGGAGAUCUGUAAAGGUCGAUCGGGACUCGGACUCAGUAUAGUGGGAGGAAGAGACACACAGCUGGACGCCAUCGUGAUCCAUGAGGUUUAUGAAGAAGGAGCUGCAGCCAGAGACGGACGCCUGUGGGCCGGAGACCAGAUACUUGAGGUGAACGGAGUGGACCUCCGCGGGGCGUCACACGAGGAAGCCAUCGCUGCCCUGCGUCAGACGCCGGCGAAGGUUCGUCUGAUGGUGCUGAGGGACGAGGCUCAGUACAGAGACGAAGAGAACCUGGACGUCUUUAAGGUGGAACUGCAGAAGAGGAGCGGCAGAGGGCUGGGACUCAGCAUCGUCGGGAAGAGGAGUGGCAGUGGUGUAUUUAUCUCUGAGGUGGUCAGAGGGGGCGCCGCUGAGCUGGACGGUCGUCUGAUGCAGGGAGAUCAGAUCCUGUCUGUCAACGGAGAAGACACGAGACACGCCUCCCAGGAAACCGUUGCCGCCAUACUGAAGUGUGCUCGGGGUCCAGUCCUGUUGGAACUCGGACGACUCAAACCUGCAUCCUGGAUCUCAUCCAGACGCAACUCACAAGGAAGCCAGAUGAGUCAUGUGAGCGGGAACAGCUCAGGUGUUGUGGCUCCGCCCCUCAAACACACCUCAACAUCAUGUGACGUCGUGACCUCAGACCUCCCGACCUCCACCAGCCCCGCGCCCCUCAACAACAACAACACCAAGUCCAGCAGUGACAUCACUUCCUCCUCUAACAGCACAGGUGUCGAUGCUGGCAUCCGUACAGUGGAGAUCAUGAGGGGUGUCAGUGACUCCCUUGGGGUGAGUAUAGCUGGAGGGAAGGGCAGCCCACUGGGUGACAUCCCCAUCUUCAUCGCCAUGAUUCAGGCCAAUGGAGUCGCUGCCAAGACGCACCGUCUCAAGGUGGGCGACAGGAUCGUCAGUAUUAACAGUCAGUCUGUGGACGGUCUGUCACACAGCGAGGUCGUCACCAUGCUGAAGAACAGCUAUGGAAACAUCAGCCUGCAGGUGGUAGCGGACACCAACAUCAGUGCCAUCGCCACUCAGGUGGAGAGUUUGUCCAGCAGCUCCAGUCUGUCAGCCAACACUGACACACACACAGUGGAGCCAGAGGGCCCGCAGCCCCGCAGCAUCAGUCUGGAGAAAGGCUCCGAGGGACUUGGCUUCAGCAUCGUGGGAGGAUUCGGCAGUCCACAUGGAGACCUGCCCAUCUACGUCAAGACCGUCUUCAGCAAGGGUGCGGCGGCGGUGGACGGGCGUCUGAAGCGAGGCGACCAGAUCCUGUCAGUGAACGGAGAGAGUCUGCAGGGAGCGACGCACGAGCAGGCAGUCGCCAUCCUGAAGAAACAGAGAGGAACCGUCACACUGGACGUCCUGUCAUAACAUACACAUACCUGCAUGCACACACACACACACACACACACACACACACACACACACAUGAACUGACGCUCCUGUGAUUUCACGCACUUUGACUCUUGGACUACAAAUCAUCGUGAACUUCCCAACAUGCAAAAAAAAAAAAGAAAGAAAAAGAAACAGCAUCAGACGGUGCGUGCGCGCGCACACACACACACACACACACACACACACACACUUCCUGUGGGGUGAAACCAGUACAGUGAAACUCUUCGCAGCAUGGCCACUUAAUAUCCGAAGCAGAGUUUCUCAACCCGGGGGGGCGGGGCCUCAGGUGAGCUCACCUGAUACGUAGCUGUGGUCGUGAUAAAAUCUGAGGAUGAUGAUUAAGGAUGAAGAUCUUGACUGCUCAGCUGAUUGUGGUAUCUCAACAACUACUGGACGUGCUGCAGGAAUGAGUCAGAAUUUUAGCACUUCCUGUUCCCUCGUCGCAACAUCAGUGGGUUUUUUGAGAUUGUGUUUUUGGCUGGAUGUCUGAAAUAAGGUCUGUGGUUAACACGAGCUGAAGAGACGUUUAAUUCUAUGACAUAAAAUACAUCAGUAACACCCCACUCAGUAAUUUAGAAGCUUUUAUGUGUCUCAAAAAAGGCGAUAGCUAACAAGUGGCUAAACAAGUCUAUAAAACGUCGUCAUGUCGAGCGCAGCUUUACAGCCUCGUUGUGGAGGCAGCGUUUUAGUCAUGUGACCCUGGUGUAGCUCGCUUGUACCCAAACGUUUGAUUUUUAUUUCAGGUUAUGGUGUUUGUUAGUGGAGAUCAUCACACUGAACAAAACCUGUAUCAUAAACGUUUGUUUGUCACAGAGCUUUUUUUCUGCAAAAAUCCAAAAUCUAAUGGAAAAAUCCCGUUGACAUUUUGACGAGGGUACCAGGGCGUCGCUAACUUCCACAUCAGCCAAUAAAAAAACACAUCAUCCCUGCUGCAGCUCAUAUUUUUGCUCCCCAGAUGAUGGUUUUUAAAUAUUUUGAAAAGCCCUGUGACUUUUCCCUGUACACAAGACACAAAUCCAAUGUGCAUAUUGUGGUAAAAUUUCCUCCGGACAUUCGUCUUCUUUGUCUCUUUUUGUGUCGUCACAGUUCUGAAGUAUUUUCAGAAUAUUCUGUUUUUAGUGAAGAAUUGCAGCACAAUGGGAGGAACCUCCCUGUCUGUCUCUACUCUCUCCCCGUGUCUUAUAUUUGGCUUCACGGCUGAUGGGGCUGAGCUGUCAUCCCCUUCUGUCUGUGAGCGGUCCACAUCCCCUUCAUCAUCGUCAUCAUCAUCACCAUCCACCUGAGUAUUACUAUCUGACCUGUCUCAGUUAUGUAAUGAUACUGUGCGCCCUGUUUCUGUCUUGGAUGGAUGAAUGUGUUCCACAGGUAACGCAGUGUUUCCUUCUCUGCUUCUUGGCUUAGGUUUACUCUCUAAAGGCUUUGACAGAUGUGAAAUUAGAAUUAACGCGCUGUAUUUGUAUGCCUUCGCACACCAGUAAAGUUUGACCUCUGAUCUUCGAAAUCCAGUCAGUUCGUUGUUUUGUCCAAGUGAACAUUUGUGCCAAAUUUGAAGAAGUUCCCACACGGUGUUCUUAAGAUAUCGCAUUUAUGAGAAUGAGACAGACAAGGUACACAGUGACCUUGACCUUUGACCUGUGACCUCCAAAAUGAAUCAGUUAAUCGUUGAGUCCAAGUGGACGUUGGAGCCAAAUAUCCAAAAACUCCUUCAAGGUGUUUUUCACAUUCCAUGUUCACAAGAAUCAAACAGAUGCAAGGUCACAGUGACCUCUGACCAUUAAAGUCUGAUCAGUUCAUCGUUCAGUCCAAGUGGACAUUUGUGCCAAAUCUGAAGAAAGUCCCUUGAGGCAUUUUUGAGAUAUCGUGUUCAUAAGGAUGGGAUGAACAGAUGUACAGUUGUUCAUAUGUAGGUACGUACGGACGUGCAGACAACCCAAAAACAUAAUGCUUCCGACCACAGCUGUCACCAGCAUAAAAAUGCAGAUUCUUUUUUAAAUUUUUCGGAGUCAGUGUGCAAAUGUGAUUGGCAUAACGUGAGGUCGUAUUUAUUUUUAAACGUGAAAAUUAUGGAUGAAAUAAAAGGUGUGCUGUGGCCUGAACAGUAGGAAUAAAGCUAAUUUUCAAUUCAUGUCUUCACCCCAAUUUUUGCUGCCUGGAACCAAUUCACAACUUCCCAUUGACUUUCAGUCUAAUGUUUAUCAUGUUCACAGGCUUCGUUAAAUAAUGCUAACAUUAGCUAAUUGGCACUAAACACAAAAAGGAGAACAUUAUAUUUGCAGGUAUUUGUUCAGAAAGUAAAUUAUUUGGACACAUUAUCGUGGUGACCUUAUAAACACUUAUCAAAGUUUUUAGAGUCAAAACAUUUAAUCAAAGAAUUGAUUAGUUGAAAUAAAUAAAACGUAAACAUUUGGUGGUUAUUGGUGAUCAUAUGUUUUUGAUAAUCUACAGCCGUAGCUGGAGGCGUUAUAUUUUCAGGUUGUCCGUCUGUCCCAUUCUUGUGAACAUGACAUCCCGAGUGCGCCGUCAGGGAAUUGCUUCAAAUUUGGCACAAACGUCCACUUGGACUCAACAAUGAACUGAUUAGAUUUCGGGGGUCAUAGGUCAAAGGUUGUUGCAGUUGUGACUUCAUCUGUUGCAUUCUGGUCAUUGCGAUAUCCCAGUUAUACCUUGAGGGAAUUUCUUCAGAUUUGGCACAAACGUCCACUUGGACUCAGCGAUGAACUAAUCAGAUUUUGGGGGUUGUAGGUCAAAGGUCGAGGCAGUUGUGCCCUCAUUUGUUGCAUUUUUGUCACUGCGAUAUCCCAAUAAUGCCCUGAGGGAAUUUCUUCAGAUUUGGCACAAACGUCCUCUUGGACUCAGCGGUCCAAGUCAUAGGUCUUGGUCAGAGGUCACUGUGACCUUGCAUCCGUUUGAUUCUUGUGAACGCAAUAACUCUAGAACACGUAGAGGAAAAUUUCGGAAAUUUGGCUCAAACAUUCUCUUGGACUCAAGGAUAAACUGAUGAGAAUUUUGUCAUCGACAGUCAAAGGUUACAAUAAGUCGUAGCCCUUAAAUUAAGUACAGUUUAGCUUGUGAGGAAUCUGAAUAUCUGAACUAAAUUUAAAGGCACUCCAUCAGUUGUUGAGAUACUUGAACCACAACCGUCAACCUCACAGUGACACGAGGAUCACUAAAGUCAGCAGGAUUCAUCAUCUGGGGAACAUGAAUGUCAAAAUGUCAGAUCUGUCCAACAGUUGUCAAUGUGUUUCAUAUUCCUGCUGGUGUUUCAGAAAUAGAGAUAUCUGAUAGAGUAAAUGUGUCUUCACGAACCAGAAGAGGUUGAGAAACUCUGUUACUAGACAAACUAUCGAUUCAGAAUAUCAUCUAAAAACGAUCAAUAUGGAGUCACAAAGGCGUGACGUUUAAAUCCAGCCUGCACUAGUUAAUACAGUUGGACACACACAGACAGCACAGAGGUUUGUUUUCAUGUUUAUAAUCCAGAGGAACAAAAGGGAAGUGUUGGUGGUGAAAAGAUGUGUUCUCUGACACUGCUGCUUACGUUAGCUUAGCAUCUUCGCUGUGGUAAAAGGCUGGUUAGCUGUUAGCCACCGUGUAGCAGUGACUAUAAACGUGAAAACCACCGGAGAGGUGAGUGUGUAAACUGUAACACGACUGAUCGUUUCAGACAUCAUCGACAUCUGGUUUUUAUUCUCCAUUAAAGAAACAGCUGUUACGUAUAAACAGCUUGUCAUCAAAAAGGGACUUUUCAUUUUUAAAUUGGCACUAAAUUUUGGCCAUUUUCAAACACCGAAUUAGCAACAGCGUUUUAAAUUUUUAUUUUUCUCGUAUGUUGUGGGCUCACUAAUGGUAAAUUGAAUUUCAGUUUGAUUAAAUUAUUUCUUUGUAAUAUCAGCAGUCACAAAAACGUAGAAUUAGGAAAAGGUAGGAAAGUCCACUCGUGGUCAUCGUGGCGUGGAUCAUCCCUUAUGGUCAUUGUUUUCAGUCU